AUGUCUUCCGCAAACCAAGGCUUAAGCGUUACCACCCUCCUCUACUUCGCUCAGGACCUACGGCGGUUCGUGGUGCUUAGCGUGGCGUUGCUGGCGGCGCUCGCGGUGCUGGUCCUGCUGGCGCUGGUGCCAGCCGAGGCACUCUUGAGGCGCUGGGCACUACCACUUGGUCUUCUCGGCUGGCUGCUGCUGGCUGGCCCCACACUCGCCUGGACCGUGGCCAAAGAGCACAUCUCGCUGGUGGACCCCCUGGCCCCAGCUUUUGUGGCCGCCUUCCUGCUACACGUCCUUCUUCCGCUGAAGCAGCUGGCGUCUCUGCUUAUGGGCCCGGUGACCUCAGCCGGCCUGCUGGCCACCACAGCGCUGCUCGCCGACUGGGACACGCGCCACUUCGGAUAUCAGGUUGCCGCCGCUUCGUUAUUCCUGGCGAUGGCCACGGCUGUGGGCUGGUACCACCGCCACAUGCGAGACGCAGCGCAGAGCCGCAGUUUCGCCUCCACCCAGGAGUGCAUCGAGGCGCGCAUCAAGCUUGAGUACGAGAAAGAGCAGCAGGAACAGCUGCUGCUGAGUGUAAUUCCUGCCUACAUCGCAGCCGAGGUGAAGCGUAGCAUCAUGCUGAAAAUGGCCGAUGCUUGUCAAACUUCCACGAAGAGGAGCCGCCAGCGAUUCCACGAGCUGUACGUUCAGCGCCAUAACAACGUCAGUAUCCUGUACGCGGACAUUGUCAACUUCACCAGACUGUCAGAGCAACUCUCCGCAUCGGAUCUGGUGCAGACGUUGAACGAGCUCUUUGGCCGCUUUGACCAGAUCGCCCAGGAGAACCACUGUAUGCGGAUAAAGAUCCUGGGUGACUACUACUAUUGUGUGUCGGGUCUUCCGGUCUCCAGGCCAAGCCACGCCUACAACUGCGUGAGGAUGGGCUUACAAAUGAUCGAGGCCAUACGUGUGGUCCGCGAGGCCACCGAGGUGAACGUGGACAUGCGCAUUGGAGUGCACACUGGAAACGUGUUGUGCGGUGUGCUGGGCCUGCGCAAAUGGCAAUACGAUGUGUGGUCCGACGACGUCACCUUGGCCAACCACAUGGAAUCUGGCGGUGUUCCAGGGUGA